UCAGACAGGCAGGUGACGAGGGGCAUCGCAGAAGCGCCAGUAGCUGCUGCUACUGAGCAUGCGCACAGCGCACGGACAUGCCCAGUGACAACGAGGGAGCCCAAUCUGAUGGGGAGCAGAGCCUGGCACUCGGCAACCUUCGGCGGUUUCCGUGGGGGCCCGGCCGCCAUUUUCUCGUUGCCUCUCUCCGCUCGCUGCCUGCGCGGCUCCCUGCCCUGCUCGCCAGCGCUUUGUCUUGUUCGGCGAUGGACGGCAUUGUCACUGAUGUUGCAGUUGGCGUGAAGAGAGGAUCUGACGAACUUCUUUCAGGCAGUGUACUCAAUAGUCCGAACUCUAACAUGAGCAGCAUGGUAGUUACUGCCAAUGGUAAUGACAACAAGAAAUUCAAAGCAGAGGAUAAAAUGGAUGGGGCUCCUUCUCGUGUUCUUCAUAUCAGGAAAUUGCCUGGUGAAGUGACAGAAACAGAAGUUAUUGCUUUAGGCUUACCUUUUGGUAAGGUAACCAACAUCCUGAUGCUAAAAGGAAAAAAUCAGGCUUUUUUGGAGCUGGCAACAGAAGAAGCAGCUAUCACUAUGGUUAAUUACUAUUCUGCUGUGACACCUCAUCUUCGUAACCAACCCAUCUAUAUUCAGUAUUCUAAUCAUAAAGAGCUAAAGACUGAUAAUACACUAAACCAGCGGGCUCAAGCUGUUCUUCAGGCAGUGACAGCAGUACAGACAACAAAUACUCCCAUUAGUGGAACUACUGUUAGUGAGAGUGCCGUGACUCCAGCUCAGAGUCCAGUACUUAGAAUAAUUAUUGACAACAUGUACUACCCUGUGACCCUGGAUGUUCUUCACCAAAUAUUCUCUAAAUUUGGUGCUGUGUUGAAGAUAAUCACAUUCACAAAGAAUAACCAGUUUCAAGCUUUACUGCAAUAUGGUGAUCCAGUAAAUGCACAGCAAGCAAAAUUGGCAUUAGAUGGUCAAAAUAUUUAUAAUGCUUGCUGUACCCUACGGAUUGAUUUUUCCAAACUGGUGAAUUUAAAUGUGAAGUACAACAAUGAUAAAAGUAGGGACUAUACUCGACCUGAUCUUCCAUCUGGUGAUGGGCAACCAGCAUUGGACCCAGCUAUUGCUGCAGCAUUUGCAAAGGAGACGUCACUUCUAGGGCUUCCUGUUGCAGCUGUUCCAGGAGCGCUGAGUCCUUUGGCUAUUCCGAAUGCUGCUGCUGCAGCAGCCGCUGCUGCUGCUGGCCGAGUGGGUAUGCCUGGAGUCUCAGCUGGUGGCAAUACAGUCCUCCUGGUUAGCAAUUUAAAUGAAGAGAUGGUUACGCCCCAAAGUCUGUUUACCCUCUUCGGUGUUUAUGGGGAUGUGCAGCGUGUGAAGAUUUUAUACAAUAAGAAAGACAGUGCUCUUAUACAGAUGGCAGAUGGGAACCAGUCACAGCUGGCCAUGAGUCAUCUUAAUGGACAAAAAAUGUAUGGAAAGAUUAUUCGAGUUACCCUUUCCAAGCAUCAGACAGUACAGCUACCUCGAGAGGGACUUGAUGACCAAGGGCUCACUAAAGAUUUUGGUAAUUCACCCUUGCAUCGCUUCAAGAAACCUGGCUCAAAAAAUUUUCAGAAUAUAUUCCCUCCAUCUGCAACACUUCAUCUGUCCAAUAUUCCACCAUCAGUAGCAGAAGAUGAUCUGCGCACACUGUUUGCUAACACUGGAGGCACUGUGAAAGCAUUUAAAUUUUUUCAAAGAGAUCACAAGAUGGCACUUCUUCAGAUGUCAACAGUGGAAGAAGCUAUUCAGGCUUUGAUUGAUCUGCAUAAUUACAAUCUUGGAGAAAAUCACCAUCUGAGAGUUUCUUUCUCCAAAUCAACGAUUUAAAAUGGGAGAUAAAAAAUGAAGGUGUAUCGCAUUGUUCAGUGUCGUCACCUAUUGACUGUUCAGGAGAGUGGGGACCAGAGUUUGACUUCUGUCUUUCAUGCUGUUAUCAUUCCUUGGUUGUUUUUAAAAAAAAAACAUUCAUAAGAAAAUAAAAGCAGUGAUAUUAACUGUUGGUUUUUCAUCUGUUGUUUAGAGAAACAUCAUUUUGUUUAAAAGGGUUUCAAGUUAAGCCCACAGUUUUUCAAGUUAGUUGACAUACGUGCCUUAAAAAGGAAAACUAGUGUUGCUAGAAUUGCAUUUGCUAGUAAAAUGAAUUUGGUUGGCUGGGGCACAGUGUUACAUGAGAAUUAAAAUAUAUUUAGGCAGGGGUGUGUUAAAAAGGUUAAGGUUUUUGUUUCUCCUGCUUGGAAUUCUUUUAUUACUUAUUGGGUUGUCACGUACCUUUCUUUUUAAUCAGAUAAGAUACAUUACUUUGAAAGAUUAAAACACAGCAUAUUUUAUUUCUACUACUUUAACUUUUUUUUGUAAAUGGCCUUCUGUAUUUCAUGAUUCUGGUCUAGAUUCAGUUAUGAAUGUAGCCAUUAGAGAAAAUAACAAGGUACAGAAUAUUAAUUUCUUAAAAGAGAAAAAAGUGAUUUCUG